AUGUUUGUGCAUCGUUGCUUGGCCAUCUGCAUAGAAAGAUCUCAAAGAAGAGCCUUCACAAACUCAUCCACCCUUCGCCAAUUAAACUAUGCUGGGGCAGACUUGUUAAAGAAAUUCACUGAUGAUAACGCCCAUAAAUUGGUUGACGUCAAUAAAGUCCUUGUUAUUGGGUCUGGUGGUCUUUCCAUUGGUCAAGCUGGGGAGUUCGACUACUCUGGUUCCCAAGCCAUCAAGGCUCUUCGUGAAGCUGACAAGAAAUCCAUCUUGAUUAACCCUAAUAUUGCUACCAACCAAACAUCACACAAUUUAGCCGACGAAAUCUACUAUUUACCAGUCACUCCAGAAUACAUCACCUACAUCAUUGAAAGGGAACGUCCUGAUGGGAUAUUGUUGACUUUUGGUGGUCAAACCGGGUUGAAUGUCGGGGUCAAGUUGGACAAGAUGGGGGUUUUCGAUAGAUAUGGAGUCAAGGUCUUGGGUACCCCAAUCUCCACCCUUGAAACAUCCGAAGAUCGUGAUUUGUUCGCUACUGCUCUUAAAGAAAUUAAUAUCCCAAUUGCUGAAUCCAUUGCCGUUGAAACCGUCGAUGAUGCCCUUGCUGCUGCUAAGGAAAUUGGCUAUCCAAUCAUUGUUAGAUCUGCAUAUUCUCUUGGUGGGUUGGGUUCUGGUUUCGCUAAUGAUGAAACCGAAUUAAAGAACUUGGCUUCCCAAUCCUUGUCAUUAGCUCCACAAAUUCUUGUUGAAAAGUCCUUGAAAGGUUGGAAGGAAGUUGAAUAUGAAGUUGUUAGAGACAGAGUCGGUAACUGUAUUACUGUUUGUAAUAUGGAAAAUUUCGACCCAUUGGGUAUCCACACUGGUGACUCCAUUGUUGUUGCUCCAUCCCAAACUUUAUCUGACGAAGAAUAUCACAUGUUGAGAAGUGCCGCUAUUAAGAUCAUUAGACAUUUAGGUGUCGUCGGUGAAUGUAACGUCCAAUACGCUUUACAACCAGAUGGAUUAGACUUCCGUGUCAUUGAAGUCAAUGCCAGAUUAUCCAGAUCCUCCGCUCUUGCAUCUAAGGCCACCGGUUAUCCAUUAGCUUACACUGCUGCCAAGAUUGCCCUUGGUCACACCCUUCCUGAAUUACCUAACCCAGUCACAAAGACCACCUCUGCCAACUUCGAACCUUCAUUAGAUUACAUGGUUACCAAGAUCCCUCGUUGGGACUUGUCCAAGUUCCAACACGUUAAGCGUGACAUUGGAUCAGCUAUGAAGUCUGUCGGUGAAGUCAUGGCCAUUGGUCGUAACUUUGAAGAAUCUUUCCAAAAGGCUAUUCGUCAAAUCGACCCAAGUUACAUUGGUUUCCAAGGUGACCAUUUCGAAAACUUGGAUGAAUCCUUGGCCAACCCAACUGACCGUAGAUGGUUAGCUGUUGGACAAGCUUUGUUACAUGAAAACUAUACCGUUGAUCAAGUUUGGGAAUUGACCAAGAUCGACAAGUGGUUUUUGCACAAGUUGAUGAAUAUUGUUAACAUGUAUCGUGAAUUGGAAGCUGCUGGCACUUUGGAAGCAAUCAACCACGAUUUAAUGAGUCGUGCUAAGAAGUUAGGUUUCUCUGAUAAACAAAUUGGUUUAUGCGUUAAUGCUGAAGAAUUAGAAGUUCGUAAAGUCAGAAAAGAAUUUGGUAUUAUUCCAUUCGUUAAGAAGAUUGAUACCUUGGCUGCUGAAUUCCCUGCCAACACCAACUACUUGUACACUACUUACAAUGCUACUAGCUCUGAUGUUGAAUUUAAUGAAAAUGGUACUAUGGUCUUGGGUUCUGGUGUUUACAGAAUUGGUUCUUCUGUUGAAUUCGAUUGGUGUGCUGUUUCCACUGCUAGAGCUUUGCGUGAAACUGGCCACAAGACUAUCAUGAUCAACUAUAACCCAGAAACUGUGUCUACUGAUUUCGAUGAAGUCGACAGAUUGUAUUUCGAAGAAUUAUCUUUGGAAAGAGUAUUGGAUAUUUAUGAAUUGGAAAACUCCCAAGGUGUUGUUGUUUCUGUCGGUGGUCAGCUUCCACAAAACAUUGCCUUGCCAUUACAAAAUGAAGGUUGUAAAGUGUUGGGUACCAACCCUGAAGAUAUCGACAAGGCUGAAGAUCGUCACAAGUUCUCACAAAUCUUGGACUCCAUUGGUAUUGAUCAACCACAAUGGAAGGAACUUACCUCUGUUGCUGAUGCUGAACAAUUUGCUAACGAAGUUGGAUACCCAGUCUUGGUCCGUCCCUCCUAUGUCCUUUCAGGUGCUGCCAUGAGUGUUAUUAACAACCAAACCGAACUUGAUUCCAAGUUAUCCAAUGCUGCUAAAGUCUCUCGUGACCACCCAGUUGUCAUUUCCAAGUUCAUUCAAGGUGCUAAGGAAAUCGAUAUCGAUGCUGUUGCCAGUGAAGGUGAAGUUUUAGUCCACGCUGUCAGUGAACACGUUGAAAACGCUGGUGUCCAUUCUGGUGAUGCCACUUUGGUUCUUCCUCCACAAAACUUGUCCCCAGUUAUUUUAGGCAGAUUAAAGGCCAUUGCUGAUAAGGUUGCUAGUGCCUGGAAUAUUACUGGUCCAUUCAACAUGCAAAUCAUUAUGAAUGAUCAUAACGGAACUUUAGACGAAUCUGAAUGUGAAUUAAAGGUUAUUGAAUGUAACAUUAGAGCUUCUCGUUCCUUCCCAUUUGUUUCCAAGGUUCUUGGUGUCAACUUCAUCGAAGUCGCUGCCAAGGCUCUUCUUAAGGAAAAUGUUCCUGCUCCGGUUGAUCUUAUGAAGGAACAAUAUGAUCGUGUUGCUAUCAAGGUUCCACAAUUCUCAUUCACUAGAUUGGCCGGUGCUGAUCCUUUCCUUGGUGUUGAAAUGGCCUCUACUGGUGAAGUUGCCUGUUUUGGUCGCGACAUCCAUGAAGCUUACUGGACCACUAUUCAAUCUAUCAUGAACUUCCAAGUCCCACAACCUGGCCAAGGGUUAUUGUUUGGAGGUGACUUGACCAACGAAAAGUUGGGUAAUGUUGCCGCCACCGUGUCUGGAUUGGGCUACAAGUUCUACACUGCCAGCGAAGACGUCGCCAAGUACUUGAGUAACUUUGUCAACGAGGACAUUGAAGUCAUUGAAUUCCCAAAGACUGAUAAGAGAGCAUUAAGAGAGAUUUUCCAAGAUAAGCAAAUUGGUGGUGUUUUCAACUUGGCCAGAGCUAGAGCCGAACAUUUACUCGAUGAAGAUUAUGUCAUGAGAAGAAAUGCUAUUGAUUUCGCCAUUCCAUUAUUCAAUGAACCAAACACCCUGUUGUUGUUUGCUGAGUGUUUAAAGAAGAACGUGGCUCACAUGUUGCCAUUUACUGAGGUUCCUCACAAAGUUGUUGUUCCUGAUUCUGUUAAGAGAUGGAGUGAAUUUAUUGGUGGAAAGCCAGUUUAA